CGGUACCGCUGGCUAACAGUAUGGACCUGCUGCAUCUGGGCAUGUUCUACAACCCCUACAUCUGAUCUGCAGCUGAGUCCUCAGAACGCCAAACUGUGAAGCUUGACUGACACUCUGCCAGGUUCCCCGUCUUGUGCUGCGAUGAUGUCAGUGGAUGUAACAAACCAUAACGGCCCCGCUGCCACGCCUCCCACCUCUCUCAGCCUUCGCUCCUCACACAACCAGCUCCUCAGCAGCGACAUCGUCAACCAAGGCUCUGCCACGCCCCCCAAGUGUCGUAAAAAGUAUGCGCUAACAAGCAUCCAGUCUGCCAUGGGCCUCGGAGAAGUGGCGCCACCGACAUCCUCACCAUCACUAUCCCCAUCUCAGUCUUCCACCCCCAAUAAUCCCAAGCUGGCCAAAAACGGGGUUAACCAGCUUCGUAAAGCUGGUCAGGACCACAACAAAAACACAACUAGACCCGACUCAGCGGACCUCGAGUGUAAUUCAGAGAUGGAUGAUCUUAAUGUCAACACAGCAGAAGAACACGACAGACACUCUCUGACCAACAAUGACCGAGAGGAAGAAGUGAAUGUGCAGGCAGAAGCCAGCAGUGAUUCAGAGUCCGAUCAGAAAACCGAAUCAGAUGUGGACUGUACCGCGGAGCUCAAACUGAACUGCAGCUUGGCAGAUAUGGACUUGGACUUGAACACCGAGACGGAGACUGAUGACAUCAGCAUUCUGUCUGAAAAAGAAAUAAUGUCCAAGAUGAAGACUGAGGAUGAGGAGGUGGUAGAUGAGGACCCAGAAGAGGAGGAAAAGAAACCUCUGCUGAUGCUAAAAAGUGAGUCUCCUGUGCAGGUCCACAAAGUUCCCUCUGCCAUCGAACUCGUCUCUGAUCUGGACUCCAACCUAAAGCUCCUCCAGUCAGGCAGGAACCCUGUGGCGCCUCCCCCUCUUCCCCCCCCACAACAAGUCAGCCCAGAGGUCACUCCCCUGCUCUCCGUUGCCUCCUGCCCCUCCUCUUCCUCAUCCUCUCCAGAGACGAAGAAGGACAGAAGGACUGGAGCGAAGACAGACUGCGCUUUGAACCGCAUCCAGAACCUGAACCCCAGCGAUGAAGAGUUGAGCUGGACCACUCUGUCCCAGGAGAGCAACUCACCUGAAGAGACAG